AGGAGUGAGAGGAAAGGGGGGGGAAGGAGGGGUGGGGUAGAGACAGUAGAAGGGGGAGUGAGAGAGGUGUAAGGGAGAAGGGCAAAGGAAUGAGAGACAAGGAAAGAAGUGACGGCGGAUCAGAGGCUGUGUGUGUGUAGGGAGCGCAGACACAUGGAUGCUGGGGGCAGGUGAGUGCGCUGCGGCCACCCCGGGCUCCUGAGCACCAUGCAGCUCACACAAUGCUGCUUCAUCUUCCUGGUCCAGGGGAGCAUCUAUCUGGUCAUCUGUGGCCAGGACGAUUCCUCCAGUGACCCUGAUGAUGAAGAUCAAUCCGACACCAAACCUCACCCCAGAUCUCGCAUCCCAAGAAGAAAGUCCCCUUCCUCAUCCCGAUCUCGCAGCACCAGCCCAUCCAACUCCACCAUUCUUCAGCUUCUUUCCAAUUCUCCUGAGAUCUGGGAUGUUCUCAGCAGCCUCUCUGAGCUGGGCCACAAUCCAGAGCCACCACUUCCAUCGAGGAGCAGGCGCCAAUCGGUGUUGAGGUCCACUGGAAGAGCUAAGAAGGUCUUUGGUUGGGGGGACUUCUACUCUAAUAUCAAGACGGUGAAGCUUAACCUCCUUAUUACGGGGAAGGUGGUGGACCAUGGCAAUGGGUCCUUCAGUGUCUACUUUCGUCACAAUUCCACGGGUCAGGGUAACGUUUCUGUUAGCCUGGUUCCACCAUCCAGAGUCCUUGACUUUGACAUGGAGCAACAAAUGUAUGCAGAAGCAAAAGAAUCCAAAAUCUUUAACUGCAGGGUAGAGUUUGAAAAGGUGGACAAGGCCAUUAAGACCGGAUUAUGUCCCCAUGAUCCGUCAAAGACCUGCCACCAGCAGCAAACUCACAGCCGGGUUGCUUGGACCUGCUCCCACCCCUUCAAGAUUGUUUGUGUUUAUGUCUCGUUUUACACCACCGACUACAGACUGGUGCAAAAGGUCUGUCCUGACUACAACUAUCACAGCAGCUCUCCUUAUUCGCCUUCUGGAUGAAAAACUGGUACCAGAUGGUUUCAGAAGUGGGAUUGCCUAAGUGGCUCCACGUUUUGGGUCUAUAUUUCAUGGACUUCCUGUGCCUUGGUCUGGUCCAUCGUGAUAUCUGUGUAUUUGUGGAAACGAGUAGCCUGAUAACCGUGUAGGUGAUGUGUGGGAUAUUAUGUCCGAUUCACAAUAAUAAUAUAUGCAGUGAUGUCCUAAUUAUGUUUUCACCGACGAUCACCUGGCCAUAACGUUAGCGGGAGUCUACGGGGCAGCCUGGACGUAUGAUUGAAGCCACCUGGAUCUCCGCUCUCUCUUUCUUUGAAGGGCUAGGCUGUUAGGUAUAUUAGUAUGUCUAGGCUAGCACCAAAAUUGUUCAGUGGUUGAAAAUGUGUGUUUUAGUUAAACUGGCAGCCGAGGGGUUAGUUAAUAACGCAGGGGAGAAGCCUGUCAAUGUGACUAUGAGCACAGGAGGGUAUGAAGGGUCCAGCGUCCUCCAAAGAGAAACAUCAAGAACAAUAUCUAUCCCUUCCUAAAAAUUACUGGAAACACUCCUGACACCGUGAGGUUUUGCCCCUACAUGCAAAGUAUAUGCAAAUAAUUAACCCUUACAUAUCAUUAAAUGCCUGGUUCUGACCUUUCAGUCUUCGUUGACACGAGGUCACCUUGCAUCAAGAUGAGACCCAUCCACCGCGUCCCUGGCUUUACGCCUUAAGAAAGUCGCUGCCUCCUUUGCUCACUUAACACGCAGCUGCCACUUUGCACCUCAGCGGCCCUUUGACCUGUUAAAAGUGUCAUCGCCAUGUGGCCGCUUUACCUCCCUAUGGAACCUACGUUGCAAUAAAACGCAGUCCAGCCAAGAUGGACCACGGAUCUUCAGCGCUCAACGGCUGGUGGACUUCUUUUGGACAACAUGUGGCAGAUGGUCCCACCGGUCAAGCAGGUCUCCAAGCGGACAAUCCUGCCUCUUUUUCUGAAAUACUGUAAUUGUUUUUUUGGGGUUUUUUUUCCAAAGAUUACGUCCGACAACCCAUUAACACCUUAACUGCCGGGUAAAAAGAACACACACACGUACUGAAGAUCUGGGAGGCUGCUAAUAAACACAUUUUACUUUUAGUAGUUAAAAAGCAUACACAAGUUGGGUGGUGGUCAUAUAAUAUUUUUGAGGUUCUGUGCCGUUAUGGAAAUUGUCUCUGUAGCCUUAUUGCAAAAAAACAAAAAAAAACAAAAAACAAAAAACAAGAUUUAUCCGUCCAGAAAUAAUUAAAAAUAAUACUAAUUUUGCUGAUUAUACAUUAUUUUAUUGCCUUAAACCAUAGACAUGAUAUGUAUAAACAUGGAAGCGUGCCGGCGCAUAUAUAUAUAAAUAUAUUAUGUACAUAGAUGUGGGUUUGUCUGUAUAUACCAAGAUCAAAAUACAUCAAUAAUGUGAACACUUCUAGAGUAUGUAUACAUCUCGUGCAUAUGUGUGCAUGUGUGUGUAUGUAUAUUUAUAUACGUGUGGACAGAAUAUGUAUGCUGUAUAGAUUUUUGUGGCCGAUAAAACCCUCACGUCUGUUCCUUUUCUGCCUUUUAAAAACCCGCUGAGACCUCAAAGCUUCUGGGUUCCUUGUGCUUCUUUUAUGGUAUCUGUGUGUCUCUCUCUCUGCAGUCUCUCUCUCUCCGCUGUCUCUCUCUCUCUCUCCGCUGUCUCUCUCUCUCUCUCGGUAUAGGAGAGUGUGUGCGGUCCCAGUAGCUGUGCGUAUUAAUCACUAAUUACCAGUCUGCAUGAUCCCAGCUCAGCAUUUCUGAUCUGAUCCCAACAGCAGCUGUUCUGCCACAACACAACAUCCAUCUUCCCCCUCCCUUCUUACGUCUCCGUGUCCUCUCCUCCAUCCUUUAGAACUUAUACCUCCACCUCUUCCUCCGUUCCAUCUCCUAAUGCCCAGCCCCUCUAAUGACAUCGGGACUAGAACUCCCACAAUCCUUCUUCCACUAGACCUCAAAUUAGUACAUCUUACCUUCUUACAAGAUAAGCAUCCUGAUUGCAUUCACUUAACCCUCAAAAAACACCACUUUUCGUUUUCUGUAACAUCUUCUAUUUCUUUGUCUUCUUCAUUGUGUGUUUUUUGUGAGCCCUGCUUGUCAGUUUCUCUUUCAUCUACCCUCCCUAUCCACCAAAUCCUCGACACCUUCACUCAAACCCAAAUAAAUGGAUUUUUACCUCCAUAA